UAAUUUUUUGUUGUUGUUUAGGACAGUUUUCCCUAGGCAAUAGCGAUGGCAAGUCGUCAACGAAUUGGGCUCUUGCUCAUAGUCUUUUUCAUAAGCCAACAGCAGGAGCUUGCAUUGGCUGGCGUUAUGGAUAAUUUCAAUGAUGGCCUUAAGAUGGCUGGUCAAAUGUUUGGCAUUAAUACAGCAGCCGAUGUGGCCAAUUUGGUGGCCAAGGCUUUCUCUAGUGGAGGUGGUGGGAGUACCAGUAGCAACAGACGUAAACCCGAUCUAAUGAACAUCCUGCAACAUGGUUUUCAACAAAAUCAAUAUAACUCAGAGGAGGAGGAGGAUCAGAAAGUUGAACAGGAUCAAUCGGCCCAACAGGCAGAGCCAGAGAAUGCCCAAGAAACACCUCCCAUGGAGCGUCCUUCAGCCAAUAGGCCAUCCGAAUUCAAUAGUGGGCAAAUGUUGAGCAAUAUGUUGCGCAUGGUGGGAUUCGAUGCAAGGAAAUUGGGUGCCCUGGCCAUAAAUGCUCUAGUGAUGAUUGCACAAGCGAUUGGCAGCACUCUAAUGCAGGCGACUCGAGGUGGGGGCGGCAAUGCCUCAACUGGUCCCGAAGCCCUUUACGAGCCAAGUGAACAUCAGCCGCGUUCAUUGCCCUUGGGGUCGCCCAUCGAUUGGUUUUUAGAACGACCACCGAAUGGUCACACGAAACAAUUGCUCAACCAGAUUAUGGAUAGCGAAUUACCCGAACGUAUUGUCGAUAUGAUCGAAUCCAAGGAGAGUUCUCAAACGGGCAAUGAGGCCGCUUGCCUUAAACUCUUAAUGUGCAAAAGUUCUCCCAUCAUAUGGGGCAUGCAAAAAUCGCUAAAGAAACGUUUAAGUGGCAUUUCCGAAUCCGAAAUGGAUGACUAUAAUCAAGGCGAUAAUAGCUACUUCAAUACGGGAGUUUUUUUCAAACAUUUACCCACCAUGGAUGAAUUUCGUGAGCAUGGUUCAAGUUGUGAAAUACGUUAUGCCAAACAUUGUCCCAGAAAUCAAACACUUGAUAGAAAAUUGAAAUGAAAAUACUACCAAAAAUUCAUUUCUGAAGUAUUGGAAUACUACAUAAAGGUUUCUCCAUUAUGCAAACUCUGUUCUAUUGCAUAAAUAA